CACAUCGACUGUAGGCCUACUAGGUCGAGCGCGGCCCGUAUAUACGCCAACGACGUACCAGGCUUCUGGACAUAGAGCAAGAUCACUCUGCCAACAGAUACAAGCACCCUCCGCGACAGAUCCGCAACGAUGGCGCGUUCACGUCACAGAAAGUCUCAAGCACCCAUCGACGAGGGCGAGCGCGAGUCUGGAGACAACCGAGUCACCAGUGACACCAUCGCCUCCACCGAACCGCGCCUGACCCCCCAACAAAGGGCUGGAAUUCAGGUAGCUUAUCAGAACCGCUUGGCCGACGCACAGAAGCUCGCGGAUCAAAAUGCGAAGGAGCGCGCCACUGCUCAAUUGGAGCGCCUUCUCCAAGCUGGUCGCGAGGAAAUCCAGGCCAUCCUGGAACGUGAAGCUGCUGAUGGUCGUCAGCAGAUCGCCGAGGAGGCUGCUGGACUCCGUCAGCGGAUGGAUCAAGAGGCUUCUGACCUACGUCAGCGGAUUGAGGAAGAGGCCGCUGACCUCCGUCAGCGGAUGGAGAAAGAGGCUCGUGACCUCCGUCAGCGGAUGGAGGAAGAGGCUGCUGACCUCCGUCAGCGGAUUCAGGAAGAGGCUGCUGACCUCCGUCAGCGGAUUCAGGAAGAGGCUGCUGGAUCUCGGCAGCGGAUUCAGGAAGAGGCUGCUGGAUCUCGGCAGCGGAUUCAGGAAGAGGCUGCUGACAUCCGUCAGCGGAUCGAUCAAGACGUUGCGGAGCGACGUCAGCAGGCCGAAGCGACUUUGGCUGGCGAGGUAGCAGAGACCCGCGCGCGCGAGAACAGUCGCAUCAAUCGCGAAUUCGCCCAGCACAGACAUGAGCUGGACCAGCAGCUCAACGCCUACAGUCAGCAAAGGAAGGAGGAGGUCGAAACAGCUCUGGCCCAGCGUUGGACCCAAGAGUGCGAGAGGGUCGAUGACGAGCUUGCUCGCCAGCUGGAGCUUCGCAUGGAGGAAGCGGAGGAGGAGCUUUCAGAACAGCGAGCGCAGGACACAGUGCCCAUUCUCCCUGCUUGGUGGCUCAUGAAUGGCCGUGCACAACCGGCGGGAGCGCAAGAGGCUGGUCAAGAGAUGGAGGUGGAGACAGAAGCGGAUGCAGAAGAGUGGGUGAACCCUGAGUGGCGAGCGAGGUUUCAGAGGAGCACGGUGGAUGCGGCGCCGGGUACCACGGUUGAUCAGCCGCAAGCGGCGUAUGGCGGCCGGCUCCUCAUGGAGGACCCCAGUGAGAUGGGGAGUCCACGGUACUCGCCGACCCCGCAAUUCCGCCAAAUUCCUCACGCUCCCGAGACGCCAACUUUCGACCUCGAGGACAUCGGCACUGCGUUGGUCGUGGCGCACAACGCUCCAGCAUCUGCUCACGGGCGCCAAGUCUCCGCCGACACCGAAGUCGGGACUCCACAGCCUCCAGCUGAGGCCCCAUCCUCGCCAUAAGCUGAAUCUACAAGGCGCUUCGCCUCAAGAUCUGGCAUCAUGUCAGCAUCCACCUUUCAACUAGGUCUGCACUGCUUCCGAGUCGUACUCCCAAGCGCCGCUGUUCUGAGCAAUCACGGUCUCGGUCCGUCCGCACCCGUGGUGCUUCGUCCGUGACGUGCGCGUCAGGAUCCGUCAAGUCUCAGCCACCCGAACGUCUUCCGUACCA